AAUAUCAUUCCAGUAUGGAUAGGAUUGAUAGUUUGAAAAGAAAAAAAAAUCGAAACCUAGUUAUCAUCCAUAUAAGUUUUUACUUUAUAAAUAACCAAUCAUAUACGAGGAUUUACUGACUCUAGGGCAAUGGGCAGAUUGAUUAGAUUAUUCAUUUGCUUUGAAUUCUAUCAUGACAUUUUGAGCUUACAAUUUAAAAUUAUGAUAUAGUUAGGAACAUAUGUUAGAAUAUUAUGAAAAACAUUGGUAUACCGAACUUGAUAGAAAUGGAUCAAUCUGAAGAACCACUUGAUUUAAGAACUGGAUGCAGCAGUUCGGCUCAAGUUUUGGAAAGCUAUGAAAAUAAACACGAGCAUUAUGUGAAACGGAGACCAACAUAUUUAGAAUUAGAAUUCGGGCGUUUUGUCCGAAGAUUAACUCACGAGUUACUCGAUCCUGAUCUUUCAAUUACUCAACAAUCACAAGAACAUUUAACUCAAAUAGAAGAGGCUUGUAAAACCUCAUUUCCUCAAUUUGAUUCACGUCAAAUCAGAUUAAAAAUACGUGCUCAGCUGAAACUGUAUAGGCGUAAUUUAAACAAAGUGAAUAAGAAUAUAUCAACAUCUGAUCAAUCCACUCUAUCCCUAAAAGUAAAUACCAGUAUAUCAAUAAGUUCUAUAUACAUGGUACCAUUACAGUCAACUGUUAUUUCUUCCUUAGCAUCUCUUCCAUCGACUAAUCAUUUAAUUCCAAGCGACAAAGUAGUUUUUCAACAACAAUCAAAUACAUCACUUUUAUCAAAUUUCAAUGACCAAUUCAAUAGAAGUCCUGUUAACUCUGACUUAAUUAACUUCAUUCAACAAAUGAGUGAAGAAUAUAAGUGUGAAGCGAAAAAUAAGGAGAGAUCAAUAAAUACAUCCAAAAAUGAUGAUAAUGUUCAGCUGUUUAAAUUUAAAGACAAUUCAUCUACCAAAAGUGAUAUAGUUGGGCUAGUUACAGCACCAGAUGCCUUCACAGGAAAGCUAAUAUCAUCUAACUCGACAUCGAACUCAAGCAUGUUAAAUGUACUGUAUCCAGUUUCAGGGAAUACAGAUAGUAUGAUAUCCAAAAUGGAACUUAAUCAAAUAAAAGCAACAUCCAACACUUCUGUAGAUAAUAAAAAUGAUAAUAAUAUAAAUAUGAUAAACACUGAAUAUGUCUAUUUACCAAAUAAUUCUAUCUCAAAUAUUCCUUUUAUUUAUCCAAUAUCUUUUACUCAACCAUCAUUAAUCUAUCAUUUAAAACAUAAUGAAUCGAAUCCAAUCAAUUCAACUUGUGCAACUGAUUUGUCAAAUACAACAAAAUAUUUAGAGCCAGCAGUUUCAAAUAUUACAACUGGUAUAGUAUCCAUGUCGUCUACAACUACACCAUUGUCAGUCUUCUCAACACCAAAUACUAUUACCAGUCUGUUAGCUUUAUCUCUACGUGCAAGUGCAAGUCAUCUUAUUCAAACUGCCAGAUUAUAUAAAAUGUUCAUUCAGCCUAUUCAAAGCAUCAGUGAUAAUCACCAGUUAAGCAUUUUAAAUUCUCAAUAUAUAAAUAAUAUAUUUCAUGGUAUUAAUCAUCCACCAGAACUAGAAGACUUAACGAAUAUCCCAUUAAAUCUUGAACAUAAACUAUCCAAAACCAAUUUACAACCGAAAUAAUUCUUCAUUUAUAGAAACUAAAUAUAAUGUGGAUAAAAAUAAGUAAUUAAAAAAUCUCACGUUUUAAAAUAAGUUUUAUAAUAUGUAUAUAUUUACCUUUUUUUGUUAAUAUACAAACAU